CCGGCAACGUGGCAACACUCGAUGUGUUUCUGGGGUUUUUUUCUUCUCAUCCUUGACAGUCCGAGGAGACGGAUUUCCACGUCUUCAAGAAGGCUGUCAGAAAUGAGUGUACUUAUUGAUUUAUCCUGAAGACUGAUUCCAUCUUUUCCUGCUGAUGUUGGACUGCAGCUGUCAAACUCCUCAGGGCGUGCUCCUGUGUUUACGUUCAGAGAGAGAGAGCUCACACAGGCUGGAUACACUCUACAAACACAACGGACCUGAAGAAGCACUGUGCACACAUACAGAAUCUUAAAUGGUUUUCAAAACCUUUUUUGUGACUCGUAUAAUUUGCAGUCUUUUUUGAGCUGUGGUGUCUGUGCAGUAACAGCGCCUAGUUAUGGAUCACAGUCUUGAGUGAACUUUAUCCUCUUGUUAUCACGCUGACUUGUUAUCAGCUCAUGGUGUGAGCUCCCAGUGAAAUGAUGUGGCACUUGCAGCUGUACUUUGACUGCGUCUGAGCUGUGUUCCAGCAGCAGGAGUAAACCCAUCAUGGAUCACAGAGGUCACCCCUGGCCCGACCCCGGCCAUCACUACUCCCACAGGACUAAAGAUAGAGAGGACUAUAGCAGGUACUCCCAGCAGGAGUGGGACCAGAGCUGUCCACCUCCAGACCCCAGAGAGAGGGACAGACACUGGGCUCAUCCUGAUGCACACUACAGGGCUCACUACACCAGUCCUCCUGCCAGACCUGAGCAGUAUCCCUACAACUACCAGCAGUAUCCCUACGGACAUGGGCGAGCAGACCACCAAAGACCCCAGUCUAGACUUGGGUACGACUAUCCCCCACACAGCCACUGGGACUACAGAGAGAACUAUGGUUAUUAUAACCAGGAUUACUACAGAGGACAGCAUGGACGACAAGAUGCCGGCCAGUGGACUCCUCAAGAAUCACGGGGAACAGACGGUUAUCGUGACAGAAACCUCAAGCAGGAACACUCAGGGAGCUUCUACUCAGAGGAGAACAGGUAUGACCACUUGAGAGACAACUCCCAGCAUCACCCCAGUGACUAUGAAGAAACUCCUUCCAGGGACAAUGAAGAAGUUUCCUCUUAUCACCUGGGGACAUUAGAAAGUUCUAAAACCUCAGGGUUGUCUUCCAGCUGCUAUGAACUUAGUCAGUACAUUAAUGGAAGUGAACACAAUGACUCUGUGCCACCGACUGUUCACACCUCUGAUGCAGACCAUGGACCGGUACAUCAGACGUCUGCUCCUCUGAAGUACUCAGUCCCUCACGCUGUGGUCAGCUUCGGACCUGCAGGGCAGCUGAUUCGGGUCACUCCAGGCUUUUCCACACAGAAGAACGUUAGUCAGCUGGAAAUCCACAGCCUGGAAGUUAUUUUGACGGAGACACAGGAACAGCAGGAGCUGAGAAACUUCCCUGGUCCCUUAACUAGGGAAGAUUUGCACAAAGUAGAUGCUAUGGAGUUUGCCCAGCAGGAGGCAGGAGCCUGCAUGAGGGACGAAAAGCUGCAGGACAAGAGCUCUGCCGCCCUCCUGUGGAAUCUGCUGAUACUGCUCUGCAGACAGAAUGGACAAAUCGUUGGAUCAGAUAUUGCCGAGCUGCUGAUGGAGGGCUCACGUUCAGAUGGAAGCUGGGAGCUAGAAUCCCCCACGCUCAUUGACUUCAGUGAGGGCAUGGCUGCAGAAGCCCCACCUCAAACAGGAGACGACCUGCUCACGGGAGCCUGGAGCAACUUCAGCUCUGAGACCUCGGAGAAGGCACUGCACAGCUACACUCAGCUGCUGCUGGCUGGAAGAAAAAAGGAGGCCUUGGAGUCAGCUAUGAGCACUGGCCUGUGGGGGCAUGCACUUUUUCUGGCCAGUAAAAUGGACAACAGGUCCUACACCAGCGUGCUGAACAGGUUUACAGGCCAACUAACGGCCAGUGAUCCCCUCCAGACUCUCUUCCAGCUGCUGUCUGGGAGAAUCCCGGCUGUUGCCACGUGCUGUGGAAAUGAAAAACUAGGAGACUGGAGGCCGCAUCUGGCCGUCAUGCUUUCCAAUGAGACGGGAGAUCCUGCCAUCCAGCGGAAGGCCAUCAUCACCACGGGAGACACACUCGCGUCCAGACGCCUCCUACACGCUGCCCAAGUGUGCUACCUGACAGCCGGGGUUCCCUUUGGUGUGUUCACACAGAAGGCAGAGAGACUGGUGCUUCUGGGCAGCAGCCACAGGCAACCUUUCGAAUACUUUGCCACAAACUCUGCCAUCCAGUGCACCGAGUUGUAUGAAUACUGCCAGACACUUGGGGAAAAAUGUUUUUCAAUACCAUCCUUUCAGGUGUAUAAAUUCCUCUAUGCAAGUCGACUGCUGGAUUGUGGACUUGCCUCCCAGGCCUUCCAUUACUGUGAGGUGGUUGGCCAAGCAAUCCUCAGACAGAGGGAGCCGUUCUUUGUGCUGACUGGAGAGGUUAUUAAGCUAGCAGACAGACUGAGACACACCGAGGGUCAGUUCAGUGAGGGAGGUGCUAGUGCAACCGGACAGGAACCUGAUUGGCUGAGACAGCUGCGUGCUAGACACCACAGCUUACAGAGUUACGACUGCACUGAAACAUACCAGCCAGAACCUGAGGUAUGUGCUUUGGCCCAUGAGGACAGCAAAGUGUACUCAGGAUUGGACGACCUAAGCCGUGACAUCCAGAGUCCUGAGCCUGAACUCCUUUAUGCUUUAGGCAGUGAGGAUCAAGAAAGCCUCCAGAAUCAUAUUGAAGGAAACACUGAGGAAAUGCUUUCAUCAAACAUCACAGGAGCUCAGCACUGGCCAGGUGCCAGUCCUCCGCUUCCAGUCACCGUGGUUUAUGCCCCCCCACUGUCCACAGCGGCCCAGUGCCAAGACUUCAGUUAUCAUAACACAGAUAGUGCUGAAGUCAGGAGUGCCUCGACACAUUGUCCACCGAGUGAAGUGUCUUCAGCAGGAGAGGGGGCUUGGUCAUUCUCUGGAACAGACAUGAGGCUGGAGGCUGACAUCAGUCACCAGGAACAUAACCAGCAGAGCACGCCAGAGCAUUUCAAGCCCUCUGAGCAGACGAAUGAGCCCCCGGAACAGGGUGCCAAGGUGGGUUGGUUCAGUGGCUGGUUCAAAUCAAAACCAAAAGAUGUCCAAAAGGAGAGUUCCGAGCAGAGGAGCACAGCUCAGACUGAGCUACCACCCACCACUGGGGUCUGGCGUCCUCCACCACCUGCAAUGGCCUCUUUUAACACGAUUCCAUCCCAGCCCUCUUCCGCUGCAGUGAAUCCCUUUUCAAGGAAAGCAGGUCAACAGCUGCGCUAGGAACCAUGUGAAGACCACUCUUCUACAUCUCAGGAGCGGUGACUGCAAUGUGAGGAUCUCACACCUCAUCUAAGUCUAAUAAGAGAAAAUUACCUGAGCUCAGACGAACAGCUACAAGAUCCAGUCCACUCAUUACACAUUUCUUUUUAAGGAUGUCCUUUCAAACCCCCACAUGCAGCUUGCUCACCAUCAUGUUGCAUGUUAGAUACAGAAAUACUCUGAAUGUACUGGCACAGCAACUCAUAUUUCAGCGACUGAAGCAGCUGAGACGGCCUUCCCAAAAGCUGACACUGGGGAAAUCACCAAUGAUUGCAGGACAUGCUUGGUGAAAGGGAUACCUUAAUUGACCUUAGUAACUGUGUAUGUAUAAGGCUGCACUGAAGGAUGCUUUAAUGUGGUGGUAUGUAUGUAACUGCUCACUGAGUAUCAGUGUCACCAGACUCUCACAGCUCACAUCUCCCUGAAAUGACUGUCCAUAACACUGUUAAUGCUUAAAGAGAAUACUCAUGAGCCA